CCCGGAUACAUAAACCGCUAGCCAACUCCUCCCCCCGGAUCCUUUUUUCUUGUUUCCUGAUCGCGGCAUCCUCUUUCCGCUUCGCAUCCCGCCCAGCGCCGCCCGAAGUCGCAUGGGGCCCCUCGUCGACCCGAGCUCCUUCCCGCCGUCCCCGCCGAGCUCGGCGACGAUCACCGCCCCGCCGUCGCCCAAGCACAAGCACGCCCGCCCGAAGCCGCAUCUCGCGCCCGUCGAGGCCCAGCUCCCCGCCGCGCUGCACCGCGCCAUAUCCGACACCGUCGCCUCGUCGUCCCGCAGGCAGCACGACAAGGACAAGGAUCGUGCCGCCUCGUCUCCUUCGGCCACGAUACCGUCGCCGGCGAAUCAAUCGACCACAUCUACGACGGCCGUCGCCCCAGAUGCCGCCGUUCGUUCGUCGACGACGCUCUCCAGACGCCGCACCGCGCGCCGGCCCGCGAUGAGGUCGUUCACCCUGCCCACCCUACACCCCAACCCCUCCCCAAGCACCGAUCGCCCGCCCAUCUCCUCCGCCCGCGCCUCUCCUCCCGCCUCUCCCGCCUCUUCAUCGCCCUCGCCCUCCUCUUCCCCGCUCCCGCUUCCCCCGCACGCCACCACCGGCAUGGGCCGCAAAGUCGCCGACUCGCUGCAGCUCUUCAAGGAGACGUCCGCGGCCACGCCUGCGACGGAUGCCGUCGUUAACCCGUUCGACGAAUUCGAGGACGCCGUGCUCUCCGUCGACGUCUCGGCGACCGCCGCCGCCGCUACAGCCGUCUCUUCUUCUUCUUCCUCUUCAGCGCAUCGACGGCCCUCCCUGUCUCUCCAUCACAACCACCACCACCAUCACCACCACCGACCGAGUUCGAGCUCGGCGACGGGGACGGUCGCCGAGGCCGAGUUUGAGUUUGUGAGGAGGAGCGAAUGGCCCGAGCGCGAGGCCGCCUUCUUUCGCCGCGAGCGGGAGAGGGAACGAGAGAGGGAGAGGGAGAAGGGCGGCGGCGGCGCGGCGCUGGAGAGGGUCAGGACGAAGGAUAGCAGCAGCACCGUCGCGUCCGCGUCGACGUCCCGCCGGGAUCAGAGCAAGACCGCGGCGGCGGCGAUCAGGGACAACGUGAUGAACGAUCUGGCGCAGUGGAGGAAGGAGGUCGUGGCGAGGCAGGACGGCACGGCGGUGGGUGGAAGAGGACGGACGAGGGAGCGGCUGGGACAGGCGGCGGCGACGUCUGAGCCGGCGUUAUUGCAGGCACAGCCGCGUCGAGAGUCGGUUUUGGAUCUCGAGCGCGAUUAUGAUCGCGAACGGGACGUCACGCGAGAACGAGAGAAGGAGCGAGAGCGCAAGGCGACGACGUCGCCGCUGCUCCAACCUUCGCGCCCGCACUCGCGCCCGUACCCGCCCUCGCCGGAGCCGUCGCGCCCGCCGCCGCCGCACCGCCUCCCGCCCUCCCUCUCGCGCAAGUCGGAUGCCGACCUCAACUUGCACCUCAAUACCACCAUCGCCGCGCCGUCCGCCACCGCGUACUCGCCGUGGUCGACGGACGACGAAGAGGAGGAAGAGGAGGACGACUCGGAGUGGGAGUCGGCGUCGAUGGCGACGACGACGUCUGCGACGUCCUUUGCGUCGCCGUCGCCGUGGCAGCACGCGCCGCUUCCCCCGUCCCACGUACAUUCUCAUACGCAUCCUCACCCUCAGCACCACCACCACCACCACCACAACGGCGCAUAUACGCAGCACGUAUCGCAGUCGGAGCCGUUGUCGACGCGGCACUCGCCGCAUCCGUUUCUGUACGACCGCGUACGGAUAUCGGAGCACGACGCGGACCACGACGACGCCCCUGAAGACAGCCAUGCGUACUUCAACCUGUCCUUCGACGAAGACCUCGCCCCUCCUCCUGCACAAGACGAAGACGAAGACGUGUACUGGCACCACGACCGCCACCGCGACGAAGAUCACGAGCACGAACACGGCCACGAACACGACACGGUCGGCGACCUCCCGCCCGAAGAUUUACCUCACAUCCCGCUCCAGCCCUUCCGGAACCAGGUCGGCGGCCACAGCGCCAUCUACAAGUUCACCAAGCGCGCCGUGUGCAAGGUCAGCAUCUGUCCCUUCUCCGUGUCGUCGUUACCUCUUCUCCGUCUCUCUCUCUCUCUCUCUCAUAUCCUCUGAUCCAUGUCGUACGAGAUUGUUGAACGUCGUUUUUUUGUUUCUUUUUUUUUAUUUCUCCCUCGGGGGGUUUUUUACACGCUCUCCAUGUGUAUCUAGCCGCUGGUGUCGCGCGAGAACCUGUUUUACGAGGCCGUCGAGCGCGAGGCGCCGCCCCUGCUCGGCUUUAUCCCUCGAUACCUCGGCGUGAUGCUCGUCAACUACCGCCGGGUGCCGAAGCAGGGCGAAAGCAGCGUCGACGCCGCUCGUCUCUCCACCGCCACCGAAGAAGCGACCCCGCGCCCGCCGCUGCACAAGGCGGCGACCGAUGCACCCGUCACCGCCGCCAAAUCCGCCAGGCGGUUCUCCCUUGACCCAGGCCGGAAGCAAGAGCAAGACCGAGACCAGGGACAGGGACAGGGACAGGGACAGGAAGGAGGCGACACGGACGUCGAGACGGAGGCGGAGAUGCCCGAGGUCGCGCUCAACUGCAACCGGCAUAUCAUCCCCGAGUGGGUGUUCACCGGCGGGCGCCACCGCGCCGUCUCGCACUCGGGCGCGUUCUCGUCCUCGCACCAUCGGCAUCAGCAGCAGCAGCACCACCACCACCACCACGGGCCCUGUCUGCAGGGCCACUGUCGGUGGGCGAGGAGGCCGAGGCUCGCGGGCGGGACGGCUUCCAGCCCGGAUUUGGGCGUCGCGCCGACGGAGUUUAAGCCUCGUCCGAGUCCGCUGGCGAACGGUGCGAACGCGAACGCUAACGCGACGGAGGAAAUGGGCACGUCGCCUUCGACGCGCGAGCCGCCGACGCCGCAGAACUCGCCGGUGAUCGUCGCGCCGGCGUUGUCGGCCUCGACGUCGGGGUCGCUCGACGGCCGGCGGCCGCACCGGUUCUUCUUCGUCGACGCGAACGCGCACGAAGGCGAACACGAAGGCGAGCACGAAGGCGACGGCGAACAUCAUCGGCAGCACGGGCAAGCACAGGAGACGAUGACGCCGGCGCUGCACGCGUUCCCGGGCGCGGACCAAGCGGCGUUCGGCGGCGGGUCGCCCGGGCCGAACUGGGUCGGCGGGCUCGGGUCGACGACGGUGAACACGAAGCUGAAGGACCACGUGUUUAGCCAGGUGCUGCGCCGGCUCGCGAAGCAGAACGGGACGCGGUGGAUGAACGGCGUGAAGGAGCGCGAGGGGCGGUGUGCUAGGGAGGAAGGGUGCGAGGGGGAGGAGGAAGGCAGGGGGGAUUGGGACGAGCAGCGGCAGGGGGAGCCGAUCCGGCGCGUGCGGAGCGCGGAUUCGCUGGAGAGGACGGUAGGAGGCGACGGGGCCGGGUUCGUCCCACCGAAGAGGCAUAACACGCCCGUCGACAUGUUCGGUUGGGUCAGGGAGGGCAAGCGCGAGCCUGAGCCGCUGCUGCCCUCGCCGCCGCGCCGCCGUUCGCGGUCCCGGUCGUUGGACGCGCCCUCGCGGCCGUUCCGGUUUGGCGGCGGGGUGAUGCCUCCGAGGAUCCCGGAGGAGGGCGCUGCCGGGAAGGACAAGGACGAGGGCGUGAUCACCCGCCAGAACCAUUUCAUCCUCAUGGAGGAUCUCACAGGCCGAUUGAAGCACCCGUGCGUGCUCGACCUCAAGAUGGGCACGCGGCAGUACGGGAUGGACGCGACGCCGACGAAGAAGAAGAGCCAGCGGAAGAAGUGCGACCGCACGACGAGCCGGACCCUCGGGGUGCGUGUGUGCGGUAUGCAGGUCUGGAACAACGUCACGCAGUCGUACGUCACCCAGGACAAGUACAAAGGCCGGGACAUCAAGGCGGACGAGUUUUCGAGCGUGCUCGCGUCGUUCCUGCACGACGGUGAGCGGCUGCUCACGCACCACAUCCCGCCGAUGCUGCAGAAGAUCUACGCGCUGGCCCGGAUCAUCAACCGCCUCAAGGGCUUUCGGUUCUACGGCUGCAGCCUGCUCAUGAUUUACGACGGCGAUCGCGAGGCCCAGGACGCCUACCGCUCCUUCUAUCUCGAGCACCCGUCCGCUCGAAGCAAGCGCGGCGAGUCGCUCGAGCGCAAGCGCGGUCGGCAGGCGCCGGAGGAGCAGCGCGACGCGCCGCCGCUCCGGCGCUCGCACAGCGACGACCUGCUCGUCGGGCCCGUCGUGAAGCGCUCCACCGGCCGCCGCAAGCGCGGGGAGGUCAACAUCCGCCUCGUCGAUUUUGCGCACACGACCACGGGGCGCGACUGGUUACCGCAGCCGCCCGAGGCCGAGCUCGACGCCGGCGGGCUGCCGGAGGUGGCGAGCGGGUCCGGGUACCGCGCCAAGGUCGACCCGGAGACGGGCCUCGUGUACGCGCGCUUCCCGCCGCAUUACCCGGACGAGCCCGACCGCGGGUUCCUGUUCGGGCUCAAGAACGUCGCCGCGGCGCUGGAGAAGAUAUGGAACGACGAGCGGAAACGGAUCGUGAAGGCGGCGAGGGACGAUCCCGCGGCGAGCGCGAUGCAGCUCCCGGCGCUGUGCGCGGACGGCAAGGAGAUCUUUGCCGAUAUAUUUGGCUCUGGAGAGCACGAAGAUCUUGGCCAUCUCUCGACAUGACGAAGACUUUUGUAUGUUGUCGACCGACCAACGCAAUGCCUUUUCUCUCUCUCUCUCUCUCCCCUCUUCCGAAUUACCUCGUAUAUGCGCGUGUUUUCUCCAUCUUUUUUCCCACCCUACAUGUCUGAUCACGAAACGUUUCCUAUCACUCUCCCCACUUUCAC